AUGCGUCUCUUCCAGACUGGAGGUUCACAUUUAGGGACAGAAUUCAAUCAAGGUGGAAGCUCUAUGCAACCAGAUAGAGGAUCUUCUUGGAUGCCUGGUCUUCCAGAGAAUAUGGCUGGAACACAGCUUCCAGGAGCACCAUUAGUCCCUAGUCAAAUGGGCCCAGGCAAUCAGCCUCCUCGACCUCCUUCGUUAACCCCUGAGAUGGAAAAAGCACUACUUCAGCAGGUCAUGAGCCUAACACCAGAACAAAUUAAUCUCCUGCCUCCAGAGCAAAGGAAUCAAGUGCUUCAGCUGCAGCAGAUGCUACGUCAGUGAAUUGCCAAUGUCAAUUCUUUUUGUGGAGGAAGUGAUGCAUUCACAUCUCUCUUUUGCCACCAUUGCGGCAGAGGUUGAAAAGCAUCUCUUGAUAUAUCAUUAGGCUAUUUAUCGGGUUUAGUUAAGAAGUAUUUUACAAAUUUGACGCUGCUACUCAACAUCUUUAUUUUAUGUUCUUUUUUUCUUUGGGGGUGGAGGGGGCGUGUUUGUUGGUAAUCCCUGUACAUUAAUCUCUGUUCUGCAUAUUUUCAGUAGAUACUCGUGUAUUG